CGCAUCCAUCAAAAUAUUUCCGAGUUUCUGAUGUCUAUUUUUUCUUCGAGUAUUUUUCCUGUUUCUUAAUUGGUUUACUUUCAUUUCUUAAACUUCAGAAUGCAUAUAAGAAGAAUGUUUGACCAUACCAGGUUCCCUGAUGGGGGUUCUGUGGUCCUGACAGCACUCUUUUUUCCCUUUGGACUGGCACUGGUCAUCAUUCGAAUAUUCAUCAUGAUGCAUGCCCUGUUGGUGUCUUGUAUACUACCAAAGUGUCAAGCUACAAGCUUCAUCCUCAAAUCACUGUUUGGAGUUGUGGGUAUUCAAGUUAUGGUUCAAGAGGAUAAACGCAAUAAGCAUCCCAACAAAAUCAAAGCCAAGGUUGUCGUAGCCAAUCAUGUGUCUUAUCUUGAUCACAUGGUCAUCGAUCUUGUCCAGCCAAGUGUAGUGCCUGAUGAAGUGGGCUUCUCGUCUUUCUUUCGGUGGCUGUUUUCCUACCGCGACUUUGGGGUUACUCGGGGAAAUGAACAUCUUGAAGAAAACAUUAAGAAAUAUCUUCAAGAUCAAAGUGUACCAGUAUUAUUUUUACCUGAGGGAACACCUACCAAUGGAUCGGGAAUCCUAAAGUUCAGGUCAUUUCCAUUCUCACUUAAGGUACCAGUGCUACCAGUUAGUAUCUCGUAUACAAGAUGGCCUCUUACUAUGCCUGUGUCUACAAUUGACAGCACAAGACUGAGUGAAUAUUUUUGGAUUCUUUUCUACCCAUACACAAUAUUUAAGCUCAGGUUGUUGGAGCCGGUAGAACAAGAGGAUAAUGAGAAGGCGGAGGAGUUUGGGGAGCGCGUGAGGAAGAAGAUUGCUACAAGUUUGGGAGUACCUGCCACCAAUUACAAUGCUGGAGACAAGACAGAGUACCUCAAGCGUCUCCUCACUGAUCAGGCUCAGCGUAAACAGGCAGCUCUGGCAGCGCAAAGUCAAAGAGAUACCGGUAAUGGCAUGACAGGGAGUCAGCCAAGUGGAGACAACUCUGUUAAUACUAGUCCUGAGAUUAAAAAGAUGGCUGAGCAAGUGAAGGGCGUGCUGCCUACAGCGUUGAUGUCUCAAAUAAUCAAAGAUCUGGAAAAUACCAAAGAUGUAGAUACAACAAUUACUAAUAUACUGGAAGGAAACAUAUCAGAAGAUACAAAGAAACCAGAUACGAAAGAGUCGCCUCAAAUUGACUGCAAUUUAAAAACAGGCAUUUGUGCAUCGCAACAAAAAUACAAAUCCAACACAUUUUCACGAAUAGCACCAGAUCGGCAGGUAUCCUUAGAAGACCGGAAGAAACUGAUGAUGGCAACAGCACGACAGCGCUACAAGGAAAAACAUGGACUGUUGUGAUCAUGUAACGUGUAAACUAAUGUCUUCUGGUGCUUCUCGUUUUCAAUGAGUGUUUUAUACGUGUAUUAACUUACUGACUUCACAAGACUGUGGUUGUACAAGUCACCUUAAACGUUUGAUUGUGUGGUGAUAAGUUCAGAGUGUCCCAGCAUAGAGUAUAGGUCACUGUAUAAGUCAUACAGUACCUAUACCAGAUUGUGUCACAUAUAGGUCACUGUGAUCAUACAAUUCAUUAUAAUACUAGUGUCUCGACACAAAAUAUAGGUCGCUAGAAUCCUAUACCAAAUACUGUUCUGAGGCCACAUCUCAUCACCUUCCUGGAAGAUCUCCCAUACCAUGAAGUGAUUUGAGUGGUGAAUUGUUGUUUUACUGGAGGACACUGUGAUGAUCAUGACAACAUUGUUACUCGGGAAAGUUCAGACAGUUCAAUGUGUCAAAUUUAUGUUCAUCACUUUCUUUAUUUAGAGGUCAGUCCAUGAAAUGAGUGAAUAAGCUAUUUCCAACAGAUGUAGUUUUGGAUAUAGGUUCUUAUUGUUUCGAGGAGCCUCUACUUAGAGAAGGUGCCAUUGGCUGAUUUGGGAAUGAUGAACUUGAAAGACACAAAGCUGAAUUUGUGUUUAUUUUCAUCAUUAUCUGUAAAAGAUAACUGAAUUUUUGAAGUUACAAGAUCACUAUGACCUGCAGAUGAUACUUAUGGCACCAACUUCAGAGGAUAUAGGUCACUGUGACUUGUACAUGAUUUAGGUUACAGACUUGCAGAGGAUAUAAAGGUCACCCACUUCAGAGGAUAUAAAGUCACUGUGACUUUCAGCGGAUGUAGAACAAUGUGUUAUACACGGCAAAAGUUACUGCCACUUGCGUUUGAUUAGUAGGUUACCAAGCAUGACUUGUACAGGAUGUAAGUCACUGACUUCACAUGAUAAUAAGGUCACUGUGACUUGUACAGGAUGAUAAGAAGGUCAAUGUGACUUGAACAGGAUGUAGGUCACUGUGACUUUACACAAUAAGUAGGCCAAUGUGACUUUACAAAAUAAGUAGGUUGAUGUGACUUGUACAGGUUGUAGGUCACUGUGACUUUACACAAUAAGUAGGUUGAUGUGACUUGUACAGGAUGUAGGUCACUGUGACUUUACACAAUAAGUAGGUCGAUGUGACUUGUACAGGAUGUAGGUCACUGACUUUACACCAUAAGUAGGUCAAUGUGACUUGUACAGGAUGUAGGUCACUGUGACUUUACACAAUAAGUAGGUCGAUGUGACUUGUACAGGAUGUAGGUCACUGUGGCUUUACAUGAGAAAUAGGUCACUGUGACUUGUGCAAGGUAACAGUCAUUGUUUAUUGAGGUACAGUGUAUUACGGUAUGCUACCUGAUCUGUCUGUAUGAUUGUAUUUAUGUCACUCCGGAUCCUGUACAAUCAGGGUAGUUGUUGUAAAACUGAUGAACAUGAAGUAUAAAAUAUUAAGGGUAUUUUCAGUAAUCAUUCUGUUUGUGUUUUUGUACAUAGCAGGAAAAUAUUAUUUGAGCGAUUCAUGAACGUGUGAUCAUUUUUCCUGAGAGACCAUUAACAGUGCUAACAAAGGUAGUUACACAAUACAGGUUAUUGUCAUAACAGCUACGUGUAUAGCCAGAAGGUCACAGCUACUUUAUCACAAUUAUACACAUAUUUCCAGGUGAAAAUGUCUCGAACUUGAUUUGUGUUCUUGUUACAUAAUGUAUGGGUUCCUGCAGAAGAUAUUGUAUUUCUGCAGCCUGUAUACAGUUGUGGAGAAUUGGAUUCUUUGGUGUGAAAAAGUGGACUGCUAGGGAUUGCUUAGCAAGAUUGGAUUCCUAUUAAUUGUAAGGAAAAUUUAAUUACAGAAUUUCUGGAGAUUGUUUAGAAAAAUUCAAUUCCCUGGGACUGUUGAGAAUUGGAUUCCUGGGGACUGUUAAAAAGAAUUGUUCUAGGAGAUUGUUAAGGAGAAUUCUAUUCCUGGGACUGUUGGGGCGAAUGGGAUUAGUAAGACUGUUGGGGAGAAUGGGAUUAUUGAAGUCCGUCAUGGAGAGUUGGAUUCCUGAAAUAUAUUGAGGAGGAAUAUAGAUGGGAAUGUAUAUUUAUUCAUAAAAAAACUUAAGCACUUCAGCCUGACAGGAUCUUUGUGCUAUUUUCCUUCUUUCUUUACCGAUUGGAUACAUUCUAACUUGAUUGUGGAGAAACCUGAUUAGUUUUGAUCUGAUCACAGACUCGGAGAUAAACUGUACAAAGCUAGAAAUUCUCUGAGAUUGAAACAUUCCAUCAUUUUCUCUAUCAUCUUUCACCAAGGUUACUGAGUGUGUUAAGAAAUUGUAAAAUUCCUGUAUGUGUUGAAAUAGGGGGAUGGAAGGGAGUAAACCCAGUUCAACUGCAAUUAUGAACAAAAGUCCUUACAAAAUCUAUGGUUAACAACAAGGCAGGAGAACACGUAAGUCAGAGGUACUAGGUUAAGAAUUCCUGAAGGAAAGGGUAGGUUUUAGGAAAGCAUCCCAUUAGUCACAAGUCUUUUCAAUUCAUCUAAGUUUUGUUAAAGUUUGGUUUGUUUGUGUUUUUUACGUCCUGUUAACGGCUAUGGUCAUUUAAGGAUGUGCCAGGUUUUGGUGGUGGAGGAAAGCUGGAGUUCCCUGAGAAAAACCACUGUUAUAGACAUGCAACAUGUUUAAUGUUCCUGCAACAAAGUGGAUGAGGUUUGUCUGUCAAUCCAUCGGUGCAUUGGUUUAUUUAACAUCUUGGUUAGACUUUGAAUUUACAGUGUAGGGAAUCAUGCGACUUAAAAUCCACGAAUUAUUAAAUUGGCGGCCAUCAGUAGUUUUGAAGCGGUAGGAUUUAGCGACAUUACGCUAAAAUAUGUACUAGGAGUUCAACAGUGGUGAAACUUACUUCUUAUGCGAGUACAUCUUCAGGAGUACUACACCGGAAUAUCAAAUGUUGGUCAUUAUGACUGAUCUUUUCUACUUCAUAGACUUUGUGUGAAGUUCAAUUUCCAACAGAUUGGGAACAGGUGCAUAUAGAUAUAUUUCUAGUAUAUUUGGAAAUUGGGGUGAAGAUUUCUAUGAAAAAUAUUGUCAUAUUUAUAUUUUUCUCUUCACUGAAUUACUGAAAGGAUUCUAAAGUGAUGAACACUACAACAGUGGGUUGUGUCUAAGUACAGAUUAACAAAAAAAUUAUCCUUGUAUCGGUGGAUAUGUAUCUGAUCAGGAUGAUGUGAAAUUGAAGAAUACAAGCACAGAAAUAUUCCUUUACCUGGGUAAUUGUAAUAGAUCUUAUGAUUUAUGAGACCAAAAUAUCGUUGUACCAUAUGAGAAUGCAUUUAGAAUGUAGUGGUACAAGAUGAAAGGGGUUAGUGAGGAGAUUUUGUUUUAUGUAAUCUCAUUUGCCGUUUUAAAAUACAAACAUUUUCACUCGAAUUUCUUCUGUAGUCAAAUUUUAAAAAAGGAGGAUAUUGAUAAUCUUUGUUUUGUCAUAAACUUUAACACAAUGGUUUUUUAAAACUCAUUCCUACAUACUGUUAACAUGUACAUUUUUAGCGGUAUUCUUUUUUUGGUGGUUUUUCGAGUUUAAAAUAUUGCACUAAAAUAUGGUUGCACUCUUAAAUUAGCAGUUUCUGCUUAUAGUUUUCUGUGCCAAUUUAUCAGCACGUUAAUUUGUUAAAACUUGAUGAUAUGCUAAAAUUUGGAUCCGCUUAAAUAACUUUACGGCCUGCAUACAAUCGUUUUUUAAUUAUAAAUGUAAGUUUAUGAUCAUUAUGGUUUGUAUUGAUCAUUAUGAUUUUUACAGUCAGUACUAAAAGGUAAUACAGUUUUGUAAAAUUUGGUUCAGAUUGAAUCAUUUACCGGUAUUCAUCACACCUAUAUGAUUUUGAUGCUAUCAUUUACCUAUUUUUACCCUAAAUAGCUUCUAUAUAGCCAGUGCUUGGUUUCACUAGACAAUGAUUUUGUUGGUCACCAUGAAAUAGAUUAAGUUAUAUGUAAAUGUCUCAGUAAGUUGAUUCCCUAUACGCAAUUUUCGUUAAAUACAAUAUUUGAUUAUUGUUAAAAUGGGAAUAUUUUGUGUUUUUAAUCGUUAUUGUUUCUUUGCAAGUUGAUUUUAUCGCACGACUUGCGAGGCAGGUGAUUGUCAUGUGAUUGUAAUUGACAUAACGUGGCAAAAUAUUUUGACACUUAUGGGACAAAAUGUAAAGCAACUUCUUGUUGCAAAAUAGGUAAAUCAUGAUUAUUAAUAUCACUUCUUUCAUCCUAUUGACUGUAACAUUACAAUAUCGUUAGCUAGGAUGUAGUAUAAAGAUAGUUCUUAGGAAUAUGUUUGAAAGUGAAAGUAGAAUUUACAUACUGAUCAUUACGACGGCAAAACAAAGUCUUCUCAAAUUUUCCCAACACACUGAUGUAAAUAACAAUGAUCAAAUUAUUUCAAUUGUUACUUUUUCAGUUUGUAUUUAUAUUUUUCCUUGUUUCCACAUUAAUCUAUGUCUGAUUCAUAUAGGGCAUGUAACUUCCGGUUCAGACAACAUAAAAAUGGUCGAAAACAGCUUGAUCGGUUAUUAUGAUAUAUGUUAUAAUGAUAUUUUUCUCUGGCAAGUAGAAUAUAUCAUAAUAAGCGGGGUUCCACUGUAGUUAUAUUGCCAUUCUUCUGUUGACUGUAGUUUCUGUACUUGUGGUUCCAUUAUAUUUCAUAGAUGGCUCUGUAGCUAGCAUAUCUGACUGAGAUGUCAUUAGUCUCGGCUAUAUCUGACUGAGACGUCCCUAGUCUCUGCUAUAUCUGACUGAGACAUCCCUAGUCUCAGCUAUAUCCGACUUAGAUGUCAUUAGUCUCAGCUAUAUCUGACUGAGAUGCCAUUAGUCUCAACUAUAUCUGACUGAGAUUUCAUUAGUCUCAGCUAUAUCUGACUGAGACGUCCCUAGUCUCGACAAUAUCUCACUGAGUUGACCCUCGUCUCGGUAAUAUCUGGCUGAGAUGUAACCGCCUUCUGUUACAGGACUUUGUACCUGUAAUCCAGCUUAGAUGUUCACAAAUCAGAAUCAAUGCAGACUAUUUCAAAUAUUGAUUUAUAUUACUGUUAAAUCAUUUCCUCUUUGUGAUUAUUAUUAUCGUUCAUGGGUUUUCUUCCAUAAUCAUAUUAAUUAGGAUUAUGUUUAUUGAAUCCUUUUCGAGAUAAAAAAAAUUGCGAGAUAUUUGAAUUUGCAAUUAUCUCUCCAUGCCAAAAUCAUUUACAUUGAUAAAAACAUAUUCAUCCCCAUUUCCUUUAUUUAUUUAUACAAGUUGAAUUGAAGUAUCACUGUAUGGUAAUCCCUUUGAUAAACUACUGGUAAUGAUUUUCCGAAUAAUUUUAUUGAAAAUAAGCAUGAUCUUUUUUUUUUUAAUGGUUUGUCAUCAUUUUAUAGAAGUAAUACAUGUACACGUACCUAUAUUACGCCAUGUCAUGAACAGAUGUUCAUAUUUUAAUUGUCAUCCCAAUUCUAAAAAGUGAAAACUUAAUAGAAGAACUGGGGCUUACCUAUUAGAAGCAGCCUACGAAGUCAAGAGAUGUGGGUUUUUUUUUUUAUCCAAGUAGGAAAAUUGAUGGAAAAUUUAAUGACAUUUUUACCAAAACACAAAGGUUAUAUUUCUGAACAUUUUCUUCAAGUUGGUAAGUAUGGAUAGUAGAAAGGUCUAUAUAGCAACACUUACUGGUUGUGCUAUAUAAACCUCUUUAUACAAAAACGGGUAUUCCUAAAUAGAUUAUUUGAAUUUGGUUAAUAUUACUUGUUUCCAAAUAUGUUUGACUUGUCAGAAUUGAGUUCUACGGGAGAAGAUGAUUUUAUAUGUGUGACAUUAAAUUUUUAUGUUUCUGUAUAAGAUGUCGUAUUUCCAUAUUUAUAAUACUGUUUCAACUUAAGUUGUUGACUUUCUGGUAAAGUAUGAUUAAUUUAGUUUAAUGAGAAUUUGAUUAUUUUUUUCCCUCCUGAAAUUGAUAUUCAGGCUAAAGAAGUGUCACCAGCAUGUAUUUGUAGACAUAAAAUCGUACAUUACAUGUAAAUUUUAAGGCAGGUGUCUCACCUGUUUGGAAAUUGCUACCUGUUUGGAAAUUGCUACCUGUUUGGAAAUUGAUACCUGUUUGGAAAUCGAUUGAAUAUUAUUGAUUCACAUGUAAUUAACUCAUUCACCCCUGAAAUUCCAUAAUGAACUGUUCCAACUUUUGAAUUGGAAGAGUUCAAAUGUGUCUUCAGGGGUGAAUGAGUUAAUGUGAUAAAGCUCAUCAGGACAUUUAACACUGGUCCUACUAAAUAUAUAUUAGUACAUAAUUAAUACAAUCAUAAUGAAUCAAGUAUUUACUUUUCUUUUUUGGUGUACGAUGCAUAGUGUGUUCAUUGACCAUACGAAAUACUGACAUUUAGGUGUAUUAAAAUUUAAAGCAUUUCGACUUUUCCCCCAAUGUUUUGGAAUGAAGAACUCCAUUGAUGUAUCAACGCAACCCAUUUUGUUAUUGAUUAGGUAAUUAGGAUCUUUUUACUGUACAUGAAAUACCUGGCAAGUGUACUUUUUGAAACUCAUAUUUUACUAACAAGUAUAUUAUGGAUGAUAUAAAGCAUGAUGUAAUUUACUUUAUACAAGUUUGAUUCUACAUGCUACCUAGUUAUUUCUAUCUAAAGCAAUCUCUCUUUUCUUUUUCUCUCUCACUCUCUUUGGUUACUUGACCUUCCAGAACUUGACAUAACUAUUUUUGAAUAAAUAAAACAGUUGAAGCUGCGUACUAGAAUUGUGUUAUUUC